AUGAGCGACAGGAUGACAAGGUCGAAGACGAGGCAGUUAUCAAAUAGACAAGCUGCUGAAUCGAACGGGAAAAGUCAUGGAGACAAGAAGCAGACUGUAGAGGAAGCUGAAGAAAACACCGCAUCUACAGCGGAAAAGGAGUCUCCCAUUUCCAUGUUGAGCAUCAGCCCGAUCCAUGAGGAGACGUUUCAUGAGGUAUCUCUCAUGAUCCUUACUGAGAUGCUCCAAGCCGCCUUUGGCACCUUUUAUUUCUCUGUCCACAUAUUGUGGUCGAGCCCAGUGGUAGCACUUCGAACUCUCGCGCUUACUGUAACCCUUUUAUGGCCGGAGCGGACUUUCGCGAUGGCGAGUGGAGCCGGGGUCUUGCUCCAUCGUGGGACGGUCGUACAAGAACGGGAUGAUCAAUUCAUGGUUACCCAGAAGACGCCAGUGGCCAAUGACCGGAUCGAAAAAAUGGCCGAAGUGGCGGCGGCUCACAAGGUCACAAUAUCAGCCGUGGAAGAGAAAAGCUGGUAUGAGAAUGGCCAAGUGAAGAAUGCUGUCCAGCGGAUGAAUAUAGAGCCCAGUUCGUCAGCCCGGCCGACUGGUGACAUUCUUGAGCGGGUGGGGCAGAUGCUGGGACCAGCAGCCUUGAACCAUAAAAAGGAGAUACUGACUGCGUUCGGUUCAGUGUUGAUGCUGAUUGCUGGGCAUGUGCUGGGCACCAGGAUCGCAAAGCUGAGC